UGGAAUCGAUGAAAACUGAGUUGUGAGGUGAAUGGCGGAGCCUCCUCGGCGCUCAUGCGUGGCGGAUUCGACGCCAUCGUUGAACGUCAUCGCUGUGUUCCGACGAUCUGGUCACGCAAUUGCCGAGUUGGGUUACAGCUUUCGUGUGAGGUUGAGAAGAAACAAGAGUGUUGGUGCAAGACCCAUAACGCCGAAUCGUCAGCCUCUUACUCGUCCUUAUUUGGUCGUGCUUUGAGCCACAUCUCGGCAAGGCUCCUAUGCGAGUUCUGUGCAUGAAUUGAGAGUGAAAUGCGGUAGAAAGACGGUUCGAUUGAGUCAGUUUGGGGGGAGGGAACUCUCAGGAAGCAGCGAUGAGGGAGCUCUUGCCGAAGCUGCAGCAAUUGCUUCCUCAACUGAAGAUCCGGCUUCGGGCAUCGGUGCGCCGUCGCCUGGCCUUAGAUGUCAUGGCGUUAAGUACAGGAGUGCGCGCUGCUGUGAUGCUUGAUUACAUAUCAUGCACGCCACAAAUGUUACAACAAGUGUGCCAACUUCUACUUUAUCUAUCCCAGGUAUGGAAUGAGGUAGGAGCUCUGCGGGUGCUGCACAUGGAAGAGUGUGGCUAUUUGAUCCACCCUUCUUAUAUGUUAGAAUACAUGGAUCGAAGUCUGCAAUCUCCGCCACAGCUUCUGUUUGUCGUUCUCGAUGAUGACAUUCCUCGGAAAGCAUCUCAAGUUGAACACGAGGCAAUUGUACAGAGCCUCCUUGAAAUUCAGCAAAAACUGUCAUCUCUUUUCUUGGCUCAAAACGUCAGUUCCUGUUCUCUUGAUGAUUCCCAAGAAUUCAAAAGGGAGAAUCUCUCAGCAGAGGCUCCAGUAGAAACAGCCCCCAGUGUCCUAGAAGCAGGGAUCACGAAUGGUUCUGGUAUACUGUUGCCCACUCUUAAUGGAUGGUUGCUUGGCUAUCCAGUAGUGUAUUACUUCAAGGAAGAGAACACAUCUAAGGCAGGGCGGUGUGUUACCAGCGGACCAGUACAGCUUCACCAAGUUUUAAUAAGCAGUACGUUUUUGAAUUCGUCCCCACAAAAAGCUGGCGAAUUAACAUAUGAUGAGGAUGAGCUCUUAAGAGUGGCACACUAAGACGAGAUUCUCGCAGCCUUGUAUCUUUCUUAUAAACACAUAAUUUCGUGAUGAGCAAGGUACUGUCACUGAAGACAAAGACUUGGAGCAGCUGAACUCUAUCAACCCUUUGAGUGAACUCCACACCCCUGACUACCAAAACACUGGAUCUGUCAGUCUCAAACAGAGGAAUCUAAAACCUACUGCUUCUCAAACAAUCUCAUCUCCGUUCGUUGACGAUCUCGGUUUCUCCGACGCAUGCACAGUUGUUUGGAAUCUAGACUGUUCAACGCAACCACCGUAAAUCUGAAACUCAAUUCUGGGCUCUUGGGGUAGAAUGGCUCCUACUUGAAAUCAUGAAGGUGACCAGGAAUGGAGAGCAAAUGUACCAGCUGCCGGUGGUUACGUCAUUGUCAUAAGCAUCGUUGGAUGCUUCUUCUGCGCGGCGUUCGUCGCGAGAGGUCCACCACCUCCUCGCGCUUCAUGCUUCGCGUGUGGGUUCGCAGUCAUCCAUUCGUAGCGGCAAUGAACAUGAAAUCAUCCGCCUAUAAUUUGUCCAUGCAUCGUAUUUGUUGCACAUAGCGUUUGAGAAAUGUCAUUAGAAUAUUUUACUGCGUUAAAAAUAUGCAUAUGUAAUGAUAUGUUAUUGAGUAGCUACAACAACAGUUAGAAUGAAGAUAUUCACCGAUUUUAUGUUUCA